AUGAACCCCGACAUUGUUGAAUAUCCUCUGGCAAACCCAACCCUCAUUCUUUCAGUGUCCGAAGAUGCCUUCGCACCAGAAACUGGAUUGCAAGAUGGCAUUUCCCUUUAUAUUGAGAAGUUUUCUCUGAAGAACCAGCUCGUCGCCGAAAAUGAUUUUGACGAGAAUAACAGCUCCACGGCUACUUUCAAAUUGUACACUCAUGAGAUAGAUGUUCCUGAAGAAUCGAGUGACCCGGUGUCACUGGGAUUGGUGGGAAAAGAUGGAACAAUGGAUCAUCUGAAAGGCGCAUCUGGUGGCAACAUCGACCUCUAUGUGGAGAGCUUUUCACCGGAUAGUGUGAAGAAAAUACAGAUCAAUGUAUCUGGUGGUCACGGCUGGGACGGUAUCGCGACUGCAGAGGACAAACCUCCCGCCAACGGUGGCGACGGAGGUAAUGGCGGACAUGCCACUGUGCUUCUAGGGCGGCUUCUAAGCCAAGCGAUAAUCCUCUCGGACUCGCUGUUAACAAAGCUUAACAGUGAUGAAAGCCAAUGGCCCAUCGAUUUUCGAGACACUGUCCGCUCCUGGAUCAGCACGAUGGAUCAGGAAGAAGUCAAGGAGAUAUAUGCCCUGCCAUCUUCCAUGAAAGAUGCGAAACUGAUCCUGAGCGGAUCAAAAGACACCUUUACAUCGGGUGUUGCCAAGGCAUAUCAGAAGCUUUUGAUGAACGAAGACUCGCUGCUUUCCGAGGUGACUAACAGUAUAAACGCCAACGGGGGAACAUAUGGAGUUGGAGGGACCAGCGCCCAGGGUCAGGGACAAUCUGGCAAGAGUGGAUCAAAUGGUUCACAUCAAACCUUUUUCAUAGACUCCACCUCAACAGUCUUAAAUUCCACUGUGUGCUACCUACACCCAGUUGAGUGCCAAAUGCUUCUCGAUAAGGCCAAAGCUCUUUUGUUCCUUGACAACGACGACCAGAAGGCCAGCGCCUUACGAUACCUUCAGCAACUCCAACAACGAUUCUGGUUCUUCGGAGAUCCUUCUUGCCCUGACGACCUUUCCGAUACCAAUCUUGGACAAGCAUAUCGAAAAGCGGAAGAAUCAUUGAUGAUUGUUUCCGGAGCAAAGGAUGAGGAGCCUACAUCGAUACAACAGCUUCGAUCACUUUAUGGCCAGGUGGACAAGACCAUCAAAGCCCUUGUUGCUCCCAAAGAUACAUAUGGAGAUCAGAAUCUCAAGGUUCCCAGGGGAUCCUUUGCCUUUUACAAAGAAUACGCCGACAGAUUUCUGAAUGACCUGCAAGAGAUUGAGAACGCAUAUCUGGGGUACCUGAACAAUGAUACUGAUGCCGAGGAACAGGCCCAGGCAGUUGCAAAAAGAGGCUCCCUAUGUGACACCUCCAAAGAUCAGAUCCAAAAUUCGAUCGUCGCAGUGAAAUAUGAUCUGAUAGCGAUAGACUCCAAGAUUGCCGUGGCCCAGGAGGAUAUGAGAAUAGCCAAAGUACGCCUGACAGAAGCCAUCGAGGAAGUGGAAGAUGCGAUUGCCAGUGCUUUCAAGUUCAAGUUUGGGGAUCUUCUCAACGGGCUCAGUCAAAUUGUUUCGCUGAAAGGCGACAUCACAUCCACGGUAAACAUUGUCAACGCGGGCGCCAAAUGGGCGUACGACAACGCCACUAAAAUUUCCAAAGACACUGGGGUCGGCAUCAACAAGUCUUACCUUGUGAGCGCUGUCACUCAAAUCGAAGGCUCCAUCGAGGAUCUGCAUGAGGGGUACACGGUUCUGGCCGACGGAAACGCCCAAUUCGACGAUCCAGGCUGCGAAAAGCUGGUUUUAUUGGAAACAGAAUUGAACAAGCUACUAGCAGACUUUGGUGCAGCGCUCGGAGUCGAGGAUCUCCAUGAAGUCAAAGAGUAUUUCGAUCAGUAUAUUGAGAAAGUACAAGCCCGAAACUCCGCGGUAAUGGAAUACAGUGCAGAUGUACAGCUUCUUAUCAAUUAUCUAGAAACGAUCGAGGGCCUGGAUACCCAGAAGAAGGACAUCGUCCGUGACGAGUACAAUGUGCUCGGACUAGGAUAUCCUACCUUGACCGCGUUCAUGCGCACACUAUACACCAAUUCACUCACCACUGUCCAGCUCUGGCUAAAAAAGAUGCAGCAAGCUUAUGCAUUUGUCGCUUUGGAUGAAACGAACAUCAUCGGGCAUGCAUUGGAGGGAUUCAAAUUCUCACAGUUUACCUAUGAUAUGCUAAACCACGUCCGCUCAGAUCUCGAUAGCUACUACGCGCAACGAGUCGAGUCCUGGGGUCAGUCCAUGCAGUCACUCAAGGGUGUGACCUACCCCAUUCCCAAUGUCAAGCAGGACCUGCAAAAUCUUACAUCCGACAACAACACCAUACAGGUUGUUAUCAAACCUGAUACCAUCAACACGAACACCAAAGGGCUUAUCUUCGGGGAAGGAAGGGUCGAUAUCCGACUGAUGACCAUCCGCUGUUUUAUCGAUGGCGCAAAAACAGACAGCGGGUAUCUCGAUCUCAACCUCAUACAUACCGGCCAAGAGGCCAUCGUUGAUGAAGUGGGUACAGUCCAUAGAUUCGACCACCAGCCAGUGGUGACAAACUUUCGCUACGUGAUCGAGACAAAAGACUACACAGGCCCAGGAACAGUGGAUGGCAUCAUCGGCACAGCUUCCACUGACGACCAGUACGCCAUGGUUGGACCGUUCACUACAUGGCAGAUCGUGAUCAAUUCAGCCAACAACCCAGGUCUGGAUUUAUCGGAAGCCAAAGACCCGUACCUGGAGUUCGACAUUGAAUUUAGAAACCGACCAUAG